AGAGGUUAAUUGAAAACUACUAAAAUCUGGAAAGAAAAAAAAGCCUUUUGAAUCAAAUACAACUUUUACUGAUGAAGCCUGCCUCUUCGUUGCCAUCCCCUUGAACGGGCAAAUCCGACAAAUUUGUCUUUCGUAACCAAAUUUGUCUUUCAAUUAACCGAUAGUAUUUUCCAAUCAACUAAUCCGGAUUCAUAUACCUACAAAAACAAAUCCAAUUCGUAGCCAAAUUAUAUCUUCCUUCGAUUGACGAUUCCAACUGCACCGGAAAUUCAUGGACGGCUGAGAGUGGCAGAGUGCAGCUGUGGAAGGGCGUUGAAGGUUGGAGGCCGGUCUGCCGUGACUCUCAAUUGCUACAAAGGGUAAGGUUAGUAGCGGUAGAUUUUAAGCCAUUACGAUAACUUGAACAUGCCAUAUUAAUGUUUUUUGUUUCUGAUGCUUUUUUACCCAAUUUUUGCUUAAGUAUUGACAAAAGACUGCACCAAGCUUGUCGUACCUUGAACUUAAUGUUUGUUUUGCCUAUACUCUUAUCAUUAUUGAGAGUAAUUUUUGGUUAAUGUAACCCAAAUCUUUGAUUUACACCAGAUUUUUUAGUUUAAUUAAUUAUAGGAGCAAGGUGAGUUUUUGCAUUAAACAUAUGGUGAUUUUUUAGUUCCAUUGGGUGGUUUUUAUGUUCUAAUCCACCCUUAAUGUUCUCAAUAACAGUAGGGUGGGUGUUCAAAUUGACCUAUAAUCAAUAUGCCAUCUUCUUACAAAAUGUCGUGUUCUUACAAUUUACAUCAUAUAUACCACACAUAUGUAUCUUAGUUUAUGGAUUGAGUUUCAUAGUGGUUGUUUGGAUAUUCUCAAUUAGUAUGUGAAUAUAAGUUGCUGGUGAUCCAGCUCUAUCAUUUGAUCAGAGAUCUUUUGGUUUAUUAAUUACAAGAGCCAACCUAGUUUUUGAAAUUUGAGUUUAAGUUAGGGUGUUUUUUGGUAUUUAACAUCUUGAUUUGUUUAAAGUGACUAUAUAGGUAGUUUUAAAAUGUAAUACUACAAACUCUACGGAUUAUUUUUACAUUUUGAAACUGUCCUACUACAUUGGUUUUAAUAUAUUUCUAGUACAACACUACAACAUGAUCUCCUAAAAACAUCAUGAUGAAAUUGUUCAACUUGAUUAUGUGAAAGAUAGACAUGUUACUAUAUUCAAAUGUGAUUGGUUUGAUCUCGGAAAAAGAAAAGAAGGGAUACGAAAGGAGGGAUAUAUUACUAGUAUUAAAGUGACUAAAACGUGGUAUGAAAAUGACUCAUAUAUACUAGCUGAUCAAGCCAAACAAGUUUUGUACAUGAACGAUCCUAAAUUAGGACGUGACUGGAGAGUUGUGCAACCAUUUCAACAUAGACAUAUAUAUGAUGUGCCAGAGAGACAGGACGAAGUGAUAAAUGUUGAUGAUGAUUCUUCGAUGGAAGACGAAGUGUAUCAAGAGAUUGAAAUUAACGAUACAUUUGAAGUUAUCCAAAAUGAUAUACAAUCCUUACAUAGAGAGGAUAUACAAUCUGAAGACGAUGAGGAAACAUUCAUUUCAAACGAAUCAGUUGUAUCACGUGCAAUUGAUAUCGAUGAUGCCCAUGAAGAAGAUUUAGAUGACACUCCAAUUGAUAGUACUGAAUCCUCCCAACAAAGUACUAGUACUGCUUCUGAGUUUGAAAGUGACGAUUCUGAUGGAUAAUUUGAUGUUGCUUGCUAUUCUCAAUGAAAUGUGGAAUCAGGACAGCUUCUUCUAGACGACAUCUCAGCAAUUGUCUUGAUGUGAUGUUCGUUCCUACACUGCUCUUCAAGUCUCACAUAAAUUUUGUUGAGAAGAGAAGUUGCUCUGAAUAUGCAGAAUGGUUGGUGGGAGAGUUCUGAAUAUAGGAUUUUAUUAAACUUCGUUCAUGUAGUUUUUAAUGUUAAUCUGUAUGCAAAUUUUAAUAUCUCAUGACCUAUUUUAUUCUCUGUUUCACAAAGUUUGAAAAUACUUAGUUUGUUCAGAAGGAUGAAUAGCAGGAGCUUGAACAAGUUGAAUAUUAAACUUUCUUUGAGGUUGACUGUGAACUGAUGUUGUCUUAGUGUGUUGCAAGGAAA